UCUUUGUUUGUUUGGAGAGAGAGAGAGAGAGAGAGAGGGAUUGAGGGAGAAGAUUAGAAAGAGAGUUGUCGGCUCUGACUUGACGAAAAUUUGGGAGAUCUGCUGAGGCUUGAGCCUGUGCUGCUCCUUUUAUUCGUCGUCUUGUCCGAGCCACCGAGAAAGGACGCCAAACUCCAUUCCAAAACAAAAACCUCACUUAACCAAUCAUACCAAUCACAGAUUCAACUCAAUUCACAUGGUUAAAUUGUAAAGGAAGAGCUUUUUUGCAUUGACCAUGUUGGAUGAGGCUUAGAUUCAAGAAUGGGCUGUGUGAUUAGUAGAGAAGCUUCUUCGGGAGUCAAUUCUGAGUCGAAGGGGGAGAGGAGGGAUUUGAGUGUAGAGUCUACUGGGAAGGUAGAUGCUGUUGUGGUGCCGAAGGUAGAUAGUAAAACCGCCGAGGUUCAUGUUGGUGGGGGAGAGGGCAAGAAGGAGGAGAAUGUCCAUGGAGGUGAGAAACCUCCGAGGGGGGAGAGAAGGCGAUCGAAGCCAAACCCGAGGUCAGGUAAUGUACCAAAGCAAUCGCGUGGCGCCCAAGUGGCGGCCGGCUGGCCACCCUGGCUCACUGAGGCAUGUGGGGAGGCGCUCAAUGGGUGGAUUCCACGGAAAGCAGACACGUUUGAGAAAAUUGAUAAGAUUGGGUCAGGAACGUAUAGCAAUGUGUACAAAGCUAAAGAUAUGUUGACGGGGAAAAUUGUUGCCCUAAAGAAAGUUAGAUUUGACAAUUUGGAGCCCGAGAGCGUGAGAUUUAUGGCUAGAGAAAUUCUAAUUUUGCGGAGAUUGGAUCAUAUCAAUGUUGUAAAGUUGGAGGGUCUGGUUACGUCAAGAAUGUCAUGUAGUUUGUACCUGGUGUUGGAAUACAUGGAGCAUGAUCUAGCUGGGCUUGCUGCAAGCCCCGAAAUUAAAUUUACAGAACCACAGGUAAAAUGUUACAUGCAUCAACUUCUAUCUGGACUUGAGCACUGUCACAACCGUGGUGUGCUUCACCGUGACAUUAAAGGAUCAAAUCUUUUGAUUGACAAUGGAGGAGUACUUAAAAUUGCUGACUUUGGAUUGGCUUCUUUUUUUGAUCCAAACCAUAAGCAUCCAAUGACUAGUCGGGUGGUUACUCUAUGGUAUCGACCUCCCGAGCUCCUUCUUGGGGCUACUGAUUACGGUGUGGGUGUGGACCUCUGGAGUGCAGGUUGCAUUUUAGCGGAGUUACUAGCUGGGAAGCCUAUCAUGCCUGGUCGUACCGAGGUGGAGCAACUACAUAAGAUAUACAAACUAUGUGGUUCACCUUCAGAUGAAUACUGGAGGAAAGCAAAGUUGCCCAAUGCAACGCUAUUUAGGCCUCGGGAGCCUUACAGAAGAUACAUAAGAGAAGCAUUCAAAGAUUUUCCCCCAUCUUCAUUUCCCCUUAUCGAAACUCUUCUUGCAAUUGAUCCAGCAGAACGUCAGACAGCCACAGCUGCAUUGAGUAGUGUGUUUUUCCUGUCAGAGCCUUAUGCUUGUGAACCUUCUAGCCUCCCAAAGUAUCCCCCAACCAAAGAAAUAGACGCCAAACGCCGGGACGAUGAAGCUCGUAGACUACGAGCUGCUGGUAGAUCCCAGGCUGAUGGUCCAAAGAAAAUACGCACACGGGAACGGGCUCCUAGGGGUGGUAUGCCGGCUCCAGAAGCCAAUGCGGAGCUUCAGUCCAAUAUUGAUAGAAGGCGCCUAAUUACGCAUGCAAAUGCAAAGAGCAAAAGCGAAAAGUUUCCUCCGCCACAUCAGGAUGGAGCAGUUGGCUACCCUUUGGGAUCUUCGCAUCAUUUUGAUCCUGCCCUCGUUCCUCCUGAUGUCCCUUUCAGUACAACCUCAUUCAGUUAUCCUAAAGAAUCACUACAGGCUUGGUCAGGUCCGUUGGUCGAACCUGCUUCUGCCGGUGGUCCAAGACGGAAGAAGCAUACUGGACUCGAUGGGCGAGAAACUUCAAAAUCCUAUACAGGAAACCUUAGAGAGAAACAUGACAAUGCUCGUGUUAAGGGAAAGAGAAGUGCGGCUUGAAACCGAGUUCAUACGAGGGAGCAUAGUUACAGAGAGUUUCUGGAAAAGUGAAUUUAUCAUCCCCAGCUUCUAGCAGUGUAUUUUUCCAUCAGAAAUGCAGGGGUAAAUACCUUCUUUUUUUUAAAAAAAAUUUAUAAAUCCCAAUUAGCUUCUCUCUUUUUUUUUUGCCCCAAUACUUACAAGACAUGGAAUUUUUGUUUUGUUUGUUCUUUUUUCAAUUUGUUGGUGAGAUUGGUGUGAGAAAUUGCCUCUGUUAUGUACAUCUUCAUCUUUUGAUUCUUUUUUUCCCAGUUUGUGGUGUUGGAAACUUAUGCUUAGAGUAGUGAAAUGAUUUAGUAAAGAGUUGCGUUAUAUACGCCAAACUUCUUCGUCAA